UGUCGAGUUCAGUCAAUGCAGCUCGCCUGAACUGUCCGCACAAGCGAAGAAAUCAUUUUACGAAAAAUGUUGGAGCAGAUUUUCGCUAAUGAUGAUGUACGGGACAAUCGUUGCAAUGGACCCAACACACCGAUGGGAUUAUUUUUCCGUGGAAAAACCAUUUUCCUUACUGGUGGUACCGGAUUUUUGGGUAAAUUGUUCAUUGAGAAAUUGUUACGGUGCGGGGUGCGUGAAAUUAUUGUGAUCGUGCGAGCCAAACGCGACCGAACUCCACGGGAACGAAUGCAGAGACAGCUCGAACGAGAAGCGCUUUAUACGAGCUACGCAAAACAUCCGGACUACUAUUGGGACCGUUUGCGGAUCAUGGAAGGCGCCCUGGAGUACAGUGAACUGGGCCUCACCGAGCUGGAUAUCGACUAUCUGCAGAACAAUGUCGACAUUGUGAUUCAUUCGGCUGCGGACGUGCGUUUUGAUAACUCGCUGAAAACCAGCGUCAAAACAAACGUUUUCGGUACUAAUGAACUGCUCAAAAUCGCCCUGGGAAUGAAAAAACUGCUCUCCUUUCUGUACAUCUCUACGGCGUACUCCAACUGCAUCCAUGAAGUAGUGUCGGAAAAUUUUUACGAUCUGACUGUCGAUCCAAUGAUGUUGGUGAAACUUGUGGACACUGCGGACCAGUACGAGCUAGAUGCACUGAUGAAAAAAAUUUCUCAACCCUGGCCAAACACGUAUACCUUUGCCAAAGCCCUGGCUGAGGGUGUCAUCAGGAGCUACUGUGGACGACUGCCAGUGGCGGUGGUAAGGCCCUCUAUUGUUGUAUCAACCCUAGAAGAUCCGAUUGAAGGUUGGACCGACAACGUUUACGGCUUGAACGGUGUUGUAAUCGGAUUCAGCACCGGACUUUUACAUGUUUUGAACGUGAAUAGCGAGUACCAUGCGGAUAUCAUCCCGGCUGAUUUAGUCAUCAACUCCAGUUUGGCGGUUAUUUGGUACACCACACGAAAUCACAAUCAACUGUCGGAAUCGGCAGAAAAUGUUUUCAACUGUACAAGUCGAUCCGGUAAUCCAUUCAUCUACGCAGAUGUUUAUAAGUUCUCCUGGCUGUACAAGAACAAAAUUCCAGCUGUACAAACUCUUUGGUAUCCCACGUAUUUCUUGACGAGCUCGGCCACUCUAAACUACAUCCUACAACUGUUGUAUCACUUCCUUCCGGCAUUGGUCUUUGACAUGGUAGCUAGAUAUAAGGGUAUGGAGCCGAAAGUCAUGUUUCUCUAUCGCAAAAUACGACAGUUCAGCGAAGCUCUUGAAUUCUUCACUACCAAUGAGUGGAUCUUCUUGAAUGACAAAAUGCGCCUGGUUUACGAUAGCAUGUCCCAGGAGGAUAAACAAUUUUUCCCAUCCGAUGUAAAGAACGUAAGCUGGAGCUAUUUUUUCCACAUCUAUCUUCUGGGUCUACGAAAGUACAUUCUUCGCGAGAGCCUCGAAAAUUUGGACCAAGCCAAGCGGAAACUAUUUAAGCUUAAGCUAGCCCACAUGGCUUUACUUGGAGUUAUUUAUUUUGGGCUGUUUGUGAUAGCCUGUCUAUUUGUGCGAUGUUUUUUGACAAGAUAUGGUUUAGAUCAGUUUAGCAACAUUUUCUGAUAUUUAGUUAGCUACAAAUUUUUGAUAGAAUAAAAAAUA